GCGCCCCUGCCAGAGCCAGCGGCGGAGGCAGGCAGGCAGGCAGGCAGGUGGACACGUCGCGGCUUCCUCUGGCUCCGCUCCCAGCGCUGACGGUGGGAGGAGGAGGGCCGACGCGGCCUCGCCGCCUGGAAGAGCAGGUCCUCCCCGGGGCAGGUGGCACCGGCCGCUGCAAGGCGGGGCUGUGCAUGCCGGGAGGGGCCACUUCGGCGGCGGGGCUCGGUGGCCCCCGACAGCGGAAAAGGGGGACGGCGGAGGGCCAGUGCUUGAAGAAAAUAAAGAAACAUGGACAGCCAUAAAUACAGUUAUUCAAGGGACCUUUAUGAUCGAUACGCCCAAGGCCAAGAAAAGUCUGUAGUCAACAAAAUGCAGCAAAAAUAUUGGAAAACGAAACAAACUCUUAUCAAAGUCACCGGAAAGAAAGAAGAUGAACAUGUGGUGGCCUCUGAUGCAGAUCUGGAUGCAAAGCUAGAGCUGUUCCAUUCAAUUCAGAGGACGUGUAUGGAUUUACUUAAAGCAAUUGAACUGUAUCAAAAAAGGAUUUGUUAUCUGUCUCAAGAAGAAAAUGAAUUGGGAAAAUUUCUCCGAGCACAAGGUUCUCAGGAUAAAACCAGAGCAGGCAAAAUGAUGCAAGCUACAGGAAAGUCCCUCUGCUUUUCUUCUCAACAAAGAUUGGCAUUGCGCACACCUUUGUGUAGGCUUUACCAAGAAGUGGAGACAUUUAGAUACCGAGCUAUUUCUGAUACAUGGCUGACUGUCAAUCGAAUGGAGCAAUGUCGGACUGAAUAUCGAGGAGCGCUGUUGUGGAUGAAAGAUGUGUCUCAGGAACUGGAUCCUGAUCUUUACAAACAGAUGGAGAAGUUUAGGAAGGUCCAAGCACAAGUCCGUCAUACAAAACUGAACUUUGACAAGCUGAAAACUGAUGUUUGCCAGAAAGUGGAUCUUCUUGGAGCAAGCAGGUGCAAUCUUCUGUCUCAUGUGCUGACAACAUAUCAGACAACGCUUCUUCAUUUUUGGGAAAAAACAUCUCACACCAUGGCUGCUAUCCAUGAAAGUUUCAAGGGCUAUCAGCCAUAUGUAUUCACUAUGCUGAAGAGCUUACAAGAACCUGUAAACAAACUAACGGAGAAUGAAGAAAAGGAGGAGGAACUGCAGCUGGACAGCACCAAAUCAACAGACGAUCAGCAGAGUCAGUUGAUUUCAUUAGAUGAUGAAAGCCAAUCCAAGGAACUAGCCAACUCAGCAGAAGACGCCAAGGACAUCCUGAGUACUUUUGGUGAGAGCUUCAACCACAGAGAGAGUUCAGGAGCUAUAGAUGACUUGUUGGACUUGAAACCUGAGGAAAAUGCAACAUCAAAGGACCCCCAUGCAACCUCCUUGGAGCCCGAGGCUAGUGACAAGGAUGAUAUACUAUUGCUGAAUGAGAUUCUCAAUGCAUCUUCUUUGGAUGAUGGCGAAUUCAGCAGGGAAUGGACAGCUGUCUUUGGCGAGGAUCCACUGGCCAGCUUAGCCACACAUUCUUCAGGAGGAGAAAUGGAGACCAAUCAGCCCACAGCCGCAUCAUCACCUUCAAGCUUCCUUCCUUCUCAGCUUUUAGACCAAAAUAUGAACGAUUUACAGUCCUCCUUUCAAGAUUGGACAGCCAGCAGCAUUAGCCCUUCCCCUGCACCACAGACAGCACAGAAAUCCAGCAACCCGGUCAUGAACACCCACAAGACGCCCAUGAAAGAAGCUGCAAGCACCUCUAAAGAUUUAACUGCUUGGUUUAGCCUCUUUGCUGAUCUGGACCCCUUGUCCAACCCAGACGCUGUUGGGAAAACAGAUAAAGAACACGAGUUGCUCAAUGCAUGAGCUGCCUGCCUUCACCAUCAACACUGUUCUGGGGGCUCUAGAGGAUUUAGAGAGGAGAUAUGUGUGCUGCUGUACAACUUCUCAAAUCUGUGCAAUUCUAAUAAAAUCAAAGGGAUCAACCCUCCCCUUUCGAUAGGCAAUGGCUCCUUGCUCCUGUUUUGUAUAAAGAAGCUGCACCUUUUUAUGUCUGUGAAUGUACCGAUGGGAGAGGGCUGCUAACCAGAUUAACAUGCUGCCAGCUCUUGGCAACAUAUAAAUGACAGACCUAUUUUUUAUAUUUCUGUAAAUCAGAAAACAAAAUAAUGUAAUGGGGAAAAAAAACUGCAUGAAUCAAUUGUAUAUACAGUAGCUUGCAGUAUACUGCUGCCAUGUGAAAAUGUAAACUACACUUCUUUUAGUAUCCGUAGUGAAAAAUCAAUAUGUUGGGUCUACUUUGUUCAGAGAACUGUAUCAGUCCACCAAUCAGCCACGCUUGUUCUCGGACUUAAAAUUACUAGGCCGACAGCAUUGCACACAGGCCCAUGUCUACGGCCCAGGCGAAUUCCUUCCAGUGCACUCUGUUGUGCCAACAGUUUCUGCAGUUCAGAGAACUCGUGGCGUCGCCUUUGCCAGGAUGUGCAUUUUCAGUUGUCGCAGUUUCCACUCCAAGUACUUUUCAUCGCAACUGAUUUCAUAUACCCAUGUUUUUGAGCCUAUUGUGACAUUCUUCUUCAAUAAAGAUGGUUUUGACACAAAA